AAUUCAAUCUCCAAUCCACAGCCUGAUACAGGCAUGAGGAUUUGAUAAUAUUUCUAACAAUCGUUCUGAUUGAUUACCCCUAUUAUAUAUAUUAUUUGUACUAUAUUUUUUUUUAAUUUACCACUUCCACCCUAAAUGAAAAAGCACCCCAAAUUAUUGUUUCCCUUCGCCUUCGCACCAUCAUUGUUUCACUUCGCCUUUAAGGUAGCAGAAGUGUGGUUCGCGGCAGCAUGAUUUUAAGGUUAUAAAGAAAGAAUUCUGAGUAAAUUUUAUUAAAAUGGUCCGUAAAAAGAUAGAUAAUCGCAUACGAGUUUUAAUAGAAAAUGGCGUUGUUAUGGGACACAGAACAAUGUUUGUUGUCAUCGGUGAAAAGGCAAGAGAUCAAGUGGUAUUGUUGCAUCAUAUGUUAUCCAAGACUGUAGUAAAGUCUAGGCCUUCUGUGCUGUGGUGCUAUAGGAAAGAUCUAGGUUUUAGCAGCCAUAGGAAGAAACGCAUGAAGACUUUACAAAAAAAGAUUAAGUCGGGUAAAUUAGAUGUUAACGAAGAUGACCCAUUUGAACUCUUUGUUGUUUCAACCAAUAUUCGUUAUUGUUACUAUAAUGAAACACAUAAAAUAUUAGGUAACACAUAUGGCAUGUGUAUAUUACAG